AUGUCCCGUGAUAUUUCUCCAUUAUUCACAUCACUUGUUUCAUCCAUCAGACCAACAUCUUCAAACUUAUCAUCUAUUUCCGAUGCAGAUGAGACUAAGAAAAAGAAGAUGGACAUUUCCGAUACUACUUAUGAAUUUUCAUUUCAUACACGUGCUGAAAGUUUACAUUCAAGUUUGAAAAUUUUAUCUACUUAUUUAAAACGUAUUCAUCAGCUAACAGCUGGUACUUUAGGCAAUACAAUGAAACAACGUUUACAUGCUGAAUUAACAGAAAAUGUUACUGUUCUCAUUGAUCAGUGUACAUUAUUGUUGGCACAAUUGAAAGAUUUAAUAUAUACUACUAAAAAUGAUAAUAGUAGUAAAAUGGAUAAAACUACAAAAUCAAUUAGUAAUGAUGUUGGUAAUAGUGAUUGUAAAAAUCAACUUAUAUCACAUCGUUUAACAAUUCAUAAAUUGCUAAGUGAUGAAUUGGAUUCUUUAAAAAAAUUACGUGAAAGUGAAAUCAAGCGACAACAACGUCUUGUAGAAUUAUCAGGGAAUCUUGCCACUGGUGUACGAUCUGUUGUUGCUGCUGCUGCUGCUUCAGCUUCCGGUACAAAUAUCACUGAUUAUUUAAAAUCAUCCAAUAAAUAUGAGAAUACUGAUAGCAAGUUGAAAAAACGUGGUACUAAUCAUAAUCAAAAUGAUCAAACAUUUCAUAAAUUAUCAACAUCACAACAACAAGAAGAAAGCGAAAAUUUCACUGAAAAUGAAUUACGUACACUUGAUGCAGAAAAUCAAAUGUUAUAUCGACAUUUAACACAAGAAAAAGAUGAAUUGCAUCAAGUAGCUCAAAAAAUCUCUGAAAUUGGACAUUUAAAUCAAACUUUAUCGGAACAUUUAAUGGAACAGUUGGAGACAACUGAAAAGAUAGCUGAUUCAUCUGUAACUGCCACUGAAUAUAUACGUCAAGGAAAUGAACUACUUCGUGAAGCAAUUGAUUCCAAAGCAACUAUCAAGCGACAACAACGUCUUGUAGAAUUAUCAGGGAAUCUUGCCACUGGUGUACGAUCUGUUGUUGCUGCUGCUGCUGCUUCAGCUUCCGGUACAAAUAUCACUGAUUAUUUAAAAUCAUCCAAUAAAUAUGAGAAUACUGAUAGCAAGUUGAAAAAACGUGGUACUAAUCAUAAUCAAAAUGAUCAAACAUUUCAUAAAUUAUCAACAUCACAACAACAAGAAGAAAGCGAAAAUUUCACUGAAAAUGAAUUACGUACACUUGAUGCAGAAAAUCAAAUGUUAUAUCGACAUUUAACACAAGAAAAAGAUGAAUUGCAUCAAGUAGCUCAAAAAAUCUCUGAAAUUGGACAUUUAAAUCAAACUUUAUCGGAACAUUUAAUGGAACAGUUGGAGACAACUGAAAAGAUAGCUGAUUCAUCUGUAACUGCCACUGAAUAUAUACGUCAAGGAAAUGAACUACUUCGUGAAGCAAUUGAUUCCAAAGCAACGGUACAAUUUUGGAUGCUUUUUAUUUUGAUAAUUUUAACAUUUUCGUUACAUUUUCUUGAUUGGUUCUAUCCAUAAAUGAGAAUACUAGUAGGUGGAAGCGUUGUUUGCUUUGCUUUGCUUCAGUUUGUUUUCUCAAUUAAAUAUUCUGUGAUAAACAAUAUUGAAUUGAGUUUGUAUAUUUGAGACUUUUUUGUAAUUUAAAAAUGUAUUUCAAUUUUGUUUAGUAAAUUAUUUGUUAUUGUGUAUGUGUAAUUUCUCUAUUCACUGGCAUACUGUAUAUUUUUGGUAAACAAAUAUAGAUA